AUAGUGCUCGAAUUUCACACCAAAAAGGACAUCCUUGUUUCUCUAUAUACAUUUUCCUUGCUCUCUCCCCCUCUUAUCUAUUACAGGCAGUAUUCUCUGUGCAUCCUUUAUCCUUUAUACACACAUAGCAGAUAAGAGAUAGAGAUGGUUGCUCCUGAUACUAGUUCCUGCGGUGGCGGUGGAGAUUUUUCUCCGACGUUCUCUGCAACUUUCUUGCCAAUACCUCUUCAAGAAUCAACAGAACCAAUUGUAGAGAAGGAUGAUAAAUUCGUACAGCCAAGAGAAUCAAAUGUAGAGAAAGAUGAUAAAUUUGUAGAAUCUGUUAUUGCUAUUAAAAAAGAGGUAAUGCCGCUUGUGCCCGAUGAUUCGUCUUCAAGAGUAGUCGCAAUCAAAGAAGAAGAAGAAGAGGAGGAGGAGGAUGAGGUGGGGAAAGAAGAAAAAGAUACUGGUGAUUUUCGUGACAGUGUUACUAAUAAUAACAAUGGGUCAUCUUCUUCUUCUUCUUCAGUCGAUUUGCCUAAACCUAUGGAGGGUUUACAUGAGAAUGGCCCACCACCGUUUCUAAAGAAGACUUUUGAGAUGGUGGAGGAUCCUGAUACUGAUUGCACUGUUUCUUGGAGUGAAAAUCGUGGAAGUUUUAUUGUCUGGGAUGCUCAUGAAUUUUCUAAACAUCUUCUUCCUAAAUAUUUCAAGCACUGUAAUUUCUCUAGCUUCAUUCGCCAGCUCAACACCUAUGGAUUUAGAAAGAUUGAUCCUGAUAGAUGGGAAUUCGCAAAUGAAGGAUUUCAAGGAGGGAAGAAGCAUUUGCUCAAAAAUAUCAAGAGAAGAAGUAGGCACAGCAGGCCACAACAAGGAGCAGCAAGUAUUGAUGCUGAUUCUGCAAAACCUGGUUUGGAAGCUGAACUUGAAAAUUUGAAGAAUGAUCACGAUUUACUGAGGGUUGAAAUUCUCAAACUCAAACAGCAACGAGAAGAUUCCGAUAAUCAACUUAGCAUUGUUGAACAACGCAUUCGAUAUGCAGAGACCAAACAAUUGCAGAUGUUCAUUUUCUUUGCCAAAGCAACUAAAAACCGCAGCUUUAUUCAAAAUUUAAUCCACAAGAAAAAGCAACAAAGAGAACUAGAUGGGAGUGAGUUUGUAAAGAAAAGAAGACUGGUUCCAGAUCAAACCCAAACCCAAGUCCCAGAAAGCCCCAAUGCAGUAGAUGCAAGCCAAAGUGUCAUCUGCAGAAAUCAAGCUCAGAAACACUUGGCAACAAUGCAAACGGAACUUACUGAGAUGCUAAAAGAGAACACAGAGACCAACCCAAUGUCAAAACUAUUGGAGGCUCCUUUGACUGAUGGUUUCUGCGUUGAAGAUCAUAAGGCCAAUGUUAUGUGUUCAAAUGGACAGGAUUCUGUUUAUCAUCUAAUGUCAGAGACAUUACUUGAUGACAAUGUAAUUUCCGAGGAUUCAGUUGAUGAAGAUUCAGUUGUGAAUGACUCAACGUUCUACCUUGAAUUGGAGGAUUUGAUUGGAAAGCCACGAACUUGGGGUGGAUAUGUAACUCAUGAGCUGGUAGAGCAUGCAGGCUGUAUGUGAUCAGUUCUACUACCUUUCAUUACUGGUUUUGGAGUUAGAGAUGUAUUGUAACCCACAAUGGAGAUGCUAGGUAUCAUUAGAAAUAAAUGUUCAAUUUCCAACACACACACACACACACACACACACACACACACACACACGCUCGCUCUCCCUCCUGUUUCCCUGCCCCUUCAUUCCUUUUUUGGUCACCAAUGUUGGACUCCUCUGUACUGUAAGAAUUGCUUCUGUAAAUACCAACAGUCUACGAUACAGUAGGUGCAUCGUGGUUUGUAUCAAAAAACUAGUAAUAUUACUGGACAGAUGUUAAUGAUCAAGAUCAAGCAGAAGAAUCACUUUGUGUAGUUUCUGAGCCAUGCCACGUGUUUAACAAGGAGGGAAAAGUAGUAUAUUUGUAGUUGGGUGAUGGAACUUCAAGUAUUGAAGUUCAAGAUGCUGAUAAAGCGGGUGUUUAGAUGAGAUGUUUGUUGUCUAAAGACACCGGCAGCAAUAAUUGAUAGGUAUGGAGGCUAGUGACAAAAAUCUGCAACACGAGAUGCCAGAAACUGAGCACUUCGCAGGCCCUCUCCCUUCUUGCUCUUAUCCUUAUCGAUCCUUGUUUCCAUUAUUUUAUUGAUAGCCAGGGCCUCGGCCUUGUACUUUACUGGUAGGGUCAACAAAGCUUGUCUUUGUUUUAUAUUAUGUGAUAAUUUUUCACUGGAAAGUUAUAAAAAGAAAAGAAAGAAAGAGUUUGCGAGGCGUUUCCAGUCA